AUGAACAACCUAAGCUGUUACAACCCAACUUCCUUCAUCCUUGUUGGGAUACCCGGGUUGGAAAAGUUCCACAUCUGGAUCGGGAUUCCCUUCUGUGUCAUCUAUGUUGUGGCCAUUGUAGGCAACUUCAUCCUCCUCUACCUGAUUGCUGUGGAGCAGAGCCUCCAUGAGCCCAUGUUUAUACUCCUGUCCAUGCUGGCCAGCACAGACCUCAUCUUGUCCACUACCACAGUACCCAAACUGCUGGGGAACCUCUGGUUUGGCUCCCAAGAGAUAACCUUCUCUGGUUGUCUCACUCAAAUGUUUUUCCUGCACUUCAGCUUUGUAGUAGACUCAGCUAUCCUGUUAGCCAUGGCAUUUGAUCGCUAUGUGGCUAUCUGCUCGCCCUUGAGGUACAACACCAUCCUUACUCCACAGGUCAUUGACAAGAUUAUGGUUAGCAUCAUUGUGAGGAGCUUCUUGGUCAUCCUGCCAGAUGUUUUCCUGCUGAAGCGGUUACCAUUUUGCAAGACACAUAUUAUCCCUCACACAUAUUGAGAGCAUAUAGGUGUUGCCAGGCUUUCCUCUGCAGACAUCUCUAUCAACAUCUGGUAUGGGUUUUCUGUUCCCCUCAUGACUGUCAUCUCCGAUGUCAUCCUGAUUGCUAUAUCCUACAUCUUCAUCCUCAGGGCAGUUUUUCUGCUCUCCUCCGAGGGUGCCCGCCAAAAGGCCCUGAGCACAUGUGGGUCCCAUGUCUGUGUCAUCCUCAUGUUCUAUACACCUGCCUUCUUCUCCAUCCUUGCUCACCGUUUUGGGCACAGUGUCCCUCGUAAUGUUCUCAUCUUAUUUGCCAACCUCUAUGUGGCCGUCCCUCCUGCUCUAAAUCCAGUUGUUUAUGGAGUGAAGACCAAGAAGAUCAAGGACAAAUUCCUUCUUCUCUUCUCUUUGGGAAAGACACAAUGA